AUGCUCUUGCCGAGAACUACUUGGUUGCUUCGACACCGGCCGCGGCAGUUCCCUCGCCUCCAAUACUCGACGCGUCUUUCGUCAUCUACCUUAGUCCCAGUAACGAGAACAUGGGUCGACAGGCUUCCUCACAAAAUGCAGCCAUACGUCUACCUUACACGCGUCGAUAAACCGAUUGGAACUUUGCUUCUGUUCUAUCCGUGUGCUUGGUCAAUAACUAUGGCGUCCUACGCCCUUCAUGCGCCAAUAACAACGCCCUUGACCUACAUUGGCUUGUUCGGCGCGGGUGCUGUAGUGAUGCGGGGGGCUGGCUGCACAAUAAACGACAUGUGGGACAAAAACCUUGAUAAAGCCGUCGCUAGAACGAGAGAACGUCCGCUCGCGCGAGGUGAUAUAACGCGUCGACAGGCUUUGGCAUUUCUCGCGGGCCAGCUCUCUAUCGGCCUCGCUGUUCUCCUCCAGCUUAAUUGGUACAGUAUCCUACUCGGCGCUAGCUCGCUCUCGGUUGUGAUCAUCUACCCGCUCAUGAAGCGGAUCACCUACUGGCCUCAAGCGGUUCUGGGCGUCGCAUAUAACUGGGGUGCCCUCCUGGGCUGGUCAGCAGUUAGCGGGAUCGCAAACUGGACUGUCUGCCUUCCUCUAUACGCAGGAGGAAUCGCGUGGACUCUUGUUUAUGAUAGCAUAUACGCUCAUCAAGACAAACGUGAUGAUGUUAGCGCUGGCAUUCGUUCAACAGCACUGCUCUUUGGCGAAAAUACAAAGCCGAUUCUUGGUGCCCUGUCGGCGACAUCUGUGUCUUUCCUUGCGCUUGCUGGGUACCUCAAUGCCCAGAGCCUGCCGUUUUACGUUGGCGUAUCGCUUGCUGCCAUCCAACUUGGUCGCAUUGUCUACCGGACAGAUUACGAGUCAAGAGAGAGCUGUUGGAAGGGGUUUGUAGACUGUGGGUGGGCUGGGUUCACAGUUUGGAUGGGUACUCUCGCGGACUACGCGUUUCUCAUGCUUUCAUGA